AUGACAAAUACUAUUGCCAUGAAUAGUAAUAAUAAUAAUGAAUCAAAAGAAAAUCGAGCAAAACGAAAAGUCAAACGUGUCACCAUUGAAUUAGGCGAUAUAACACAACAUAAUCUAAAACAACUUAAAGUACUCAAUCGGGAUGUAUUUCCAGUUGCUUAUAAUGAAAAAUUUUACAAAGAUUUAUUAGGAGCUGGUGAAUUAUGCAAAUUAGCUUAUUGUAAUGAUAUUGUCGUUGGUGCCGUCUGUUGCCGUAUUGAUUUAUCGGAAAAUCGCCGACGAUUAUAUAUUAUGACAUUAGGUGUUCUUGCUAAAUAUCGUGAACUCGGCUUAGGCACAUUAAUGCUCGAGCAUGUAUUUAAAGUUUGUGAACGUGAAGGAAAUAUUGACAGUAUCUAUUUGCAUGUCCAAAUUAACAAUGAAACUGCUUUAUCAUUUUAUAAAAAAUUUGGUUUUCAAAUUAUUUCAACAGCUGUUGAAUACUACCGCCGUUUAGAACCAUCGGAUGCCUAUUUACUUGAACGUUCAUUGAAGAAAACAGCAUCAAAUGAACAGGCGACAUCACCAACAACAGUUGCUCAACAAAGUUCGAAGAAAGCACCUUCAGUACCUCUAUCAACAAUUACUGACGUAGAUUAA